UGUUCUACUGGAAAAUGAAAUUUUUGUUCUUGCUUCAUUUGUCUAUGGGUAUUGUUAUCACUGUUAAGUAAAUGUGAUAAUUUUGUGUGUGUGUGUAUAUCUAGUAAUUGUUCAGAAUCCUUUAAACUCCAAAGCUGUUCUGUUAGUAUUCCUUAUAAAAUCAUAAUAUGGCUGUCACAAAGAGAAAAUUGACUGAAGAUUAUCUGGAUCCGUAUGUGUGUAAUGCCAAUGAAGUUAUAAACUUCAAAUUUGUUACUUCUGCCGAAGAUAUUGAUGAUGACAGUAAAAACUUUAAACCGGAAUAUACGCACCAAUUUUUUGGUGAUAGUGAGAAUAUAUUUGGCUAUAUUGGUUUGCGUGUGAAAAUGAUUUAUUCUGCAUGCCAACUUUCGCCGUUAUUUUUGAUGACUUACAGAGAGAAAGCCAAGCCGUCCAAAACUGGUGGUGUAGAGCCCGACAAUGUAUAUAAGAUCAUUUGCAAUAAACUAGAAUUAGAACCAUCUAGAGAUGUGGAUGCAUUUAAAGAAUCGUUGAAUAAAGAAUCAACUUUUCAACCUUAUGGAGAAAUGCUUAGCUGUUUCUGUAUUGAAAACGGCGGGAAAAAAGAAACCUACGGUAUCUACAGAGCCAAUUGUAACACACCAGGUUUCUUAGAAUAUCAUCAACGGAUGCAGACUCUUAUUUUAUGGUUUAUAGAUGCAGCUUCAUAUAUCGAUGAAAGUGACGAGCGGUGGGAUUAUUUUGUUUUGCACCAGCAUAUUACAGAUGGAGACACCAAAUUGUUUCCAUUUGCCGGUUAUGCUACUGUAUAUCGUUAUUAUGCUUACCCUCUUAAUAUUCGCCCUAGAAUAAGUCAGAUGCUAGUGUUACCUCCAUAUCAAAAAUGUGGAUUAGGAACAAAAUUGUUGGAAAAUAUUUGCGAUUGGUAUGUAAAAGAUCCUGAAGUUUUGGAUGUUACUGUUGAGGAUCCAUCAGAGGAAUUUGUUAGAAUUAGAGAUUUUAUUGAUUGUAAAAGGUGUGAACCGCUUCCAAGUUUCUCUAAAGAAAAUUUGUUUAAAGGUUUUUCUGCUGACAUGGCAGAAGAAGCUAAAGAAAAAUUUAAAAUUAAUAAAAAACAAGCUAGGAGAGUUUAUGAAAUAUUACGUUUAAAAAACACAAACAUAGAAAAUCCAGAUGAGUAUCGAGCAUAUAGAUUGGAUGUUAAGAAUCGUUUAAAUAUUCCUUUUCAACGUGAAAAAUUAGAUUUGGAAAAAUUGCAGAAAAAUCUCACUCCUGAUGAAUUGAAAGCUGCUGCAAAUCCUAUUCCUCGUGAACAAAGAAUAGAGCAGCUUGAUCACAUGUAUACGGAACUAGAAGAAAAGUACAGAUAUGUUCUUGAUAGAUUAAAGGAAGAAUGCGAGUGAAAUUUUGUGCCUUCUUUUCAAGUUAAAUUGAAAGAAGUCAUCAAAUGUAUUAUUUUAUUUUCAAAUCCAUGAUUGAAUCUAGAGGUCAUUAAAAAACAUUUUCAAAGAGCACAGAAGGUUUCGUUUUUGAAUGUAUGUCAUCUCUCAAAGUAUAAUUUUUUUACUUUGAAGACUUUUCUGUACUAUAAAAUUCUUAAAUAUAUGCAUUUUGCUAAGUUUUUAAAUUGUCAGUUUUAUACAAUAAGAGGGUGGGAAUUUGAAUAUCUAGAAGAUAUAAAUAAUAUAUACCUUUUUUUCCAUGUAUUUUAGA